CUAACACGUUUGAGAAACGGCAUCUCCCGCCUGACAGCUACAAGAUCCACCGGAUUACUUGGAAUCGCCGGUUGCCAACCGUAUACCAACAAACAACAAUUUACUUCUCCUUUCUCUCUCUGUCGCCCCUCCCUCUGCUAUUUCUGUUUUUUCUUUCUCUCUCUAAAACUCUCUCUCUGUAUUUCUUUUUUGGAGAUAUCUAUCUAGGGUUUCGUCAAUACCCGUCGACUUACCAAAAGGCAAAAAGGCUUAGCAAUCAUCAUCGUCAUAUGUGAGAAUUCCUACUUUUUAAGUUAAGGGUUAUAUAUUUCUGUUUAUUUGUAGGAAGAAUUGGAUUCUUGUAAUUUUGAUGCGAUUUUUAGAGAUUGGAUGAAAUCUUGGGUUUUUUUGGCUGGGUUUUAACGAAUUUGGCAGCUUGUAUAUAUGAAUUAUUGUUCUCAGUUGAUAUUUUUCUUUGGAUUACCAAGUUUCCGUAUUUGGCGAGUUUUUGAAAUCUGGUGAGGGUUUUGAGGAUUGGAUGUGAAAUUGUUUUUUUUUAUGUUGAUAUAAUUCUCAGUGAUUGUCUAAUAAGAAGUGACUGAAGGUUUGUACAAGUUUGAAUGCUGUUAUAUGCGAAUUGAUUUGGGUCGAUAAAGUUAGAGACUUGACAAUUAAUUGGCUUUUGAAGAUUGAAGUGACGGUGUAGAAGUUUGGUAUUUGAAGGAAACCGACAAAGAUUAAGGCUCAAGUGUAUCUGGUGUGUUGUGGAUUUGGUCAUCGUUUGAGAAACAGUUUUUAGUUUUGCUUCAUUUGGUUGACAAUUUUUGGCUGUUCGGGUUUUCUACUUGAGUCAGAAAUUGGUUGUCUGCAAACAGUGUUGAAGUUUGAUAGAGUUUGAACAGUCAUUUUCGAUCACAGGAUUAUUUGUAGAAAGUUUGUCUGGUUUAAGGUUUCUCUCGAGGAACAUAGUUUAUGUUGUGGAAAAAGAAUAUGGCUGCAGGUACUGAUUUCUCGCCUCCAUUCGGUAUAUCAGAAGGCCGUUACAAUAACGAAAAUGCCUCCAAUGUGGAAGAUGAAAUUUCAGAGAAUUCAGAUAAUUUGAAGCAAAUGACAAGUAGGAAACCUCCACGGCACCUCUCGGUUGUACGCCAUUCUAUAAGUUCUGCUACGCUGGUUGCUGCCGCUAACUUGGACUUUGAUUUUGGGGCUUUUGGCAUCAAGUCGCCUUCAGAUGGAAAAUCAAGUUUUAUACCUGUGUUUCGAUCUGGAAGCUGUGCUGAGAAAGGACCUAAGCAAUACAUGGAGGAUGAGCACGUAUGCAUAGAUAAUCUUCUUGAACAUUUAGGUGCAGCUGCGGAUUUCCCUUCUUGUGGAGCUUUCUAUGGGGUGUUUGAUGGCCAUGGUGGUACAGAUGCAGCAUCAUUUAUCAGAAAGAACAUCCUUAAAUUUAUAGUUGAGGACUCCCAUUUUCCUGUUUGUGUGGAGAAGGCAAUUAAGAAUGCUUUUGUCAAAGCUGACCAUGCAUUUGCAGAUGAUACUUCUCUUGACAUCUCUUCUGGCACCACAGCUCUGACUGGUUUUGUUUUUGGAAGAAAAAUGCUAAUUGCCAAUGCCGGGGAUUGUCGGGCUGUGUUGGGGAAACGAGGUAGAGCAGUUGAGCUGUCCAAAGAUCACAAACCCAAUUGCACAUCCGAAAAACUAAGAAUAGAACAACUUGGUGGAGCCGUAUAUGAUGGCUACCUCAAUGGCCAAUUAUCUGUGUCACGUGCCCUUGGAGACUGGCACAUGAAGGGUCCUAAAGGUUCUGCCUGUCCUUUGAGUGCAGAGCCAGAGUUGCAGGAGACGCUAUUAACCGAGGAUGAUGAGUUCUUGAUAAUAGGGUGUGAUGGUCUCUGGGAUGUAAUGAGCAGCCAGGGUGCUGUGACAAUGGCAAGGAAGGAACUGAUGCUCCACAAUGACCCUGAAAGAUGCUCUAGAGAGCUGGUGAGGGAAGCACUCAAGCGCAAUACAUGUGAUAAUCUAACAGUUAUUGUGGUUUGUUUCUCUCCCGACCCUCCUCCCCGGAUAGAGGUGCCUCAAUCCCGAGUUAGGAGGAGUAUAUCAGCAGAAGGGCUGAAUCUUCUCAAGGGUGUACUGGACAGUAACUCGUGAGAGGAAAAGGUGAAAAAUGGCAUGUGCAAAAGGAUGAGCUUACCAUACCAUUCACGGGACAUUUUUUAUCCCAAGCUGCUGGUGCUGGUGCUGGUGCUGUUGCUUUCCUGUAGCCUCUUUUCUCAUUCUGGGGGAAUUUAAUGUAGGAUUCGUUUUUUGAAUUUAUUCCUGUACAUUUUAUAUAAGUUAUGUUGUAUCAACUGGAAGAAUUCAUUGUUUAAUUUUCCAGAUGCAUGGGGUCAUGUCCUCCCAUCCCCCGCUAUAGAAAUUCUAGAGGUGUGUUGUAAUUUUACUAUUGAAACAUUCGAAAUGAGUUAUUCAUUGCCUGCUUUAUCGUUGA